AUGUCUCCUGGACUGUUCUUGUUUUAUAUAAUAUUAAUGUCUGUUUAUUUGUCUUUUGUUGCAGGAUUUAUUUAUACAUGUGGUGGAACUUUAAAAGGACUUAAUGGCACUAUAGAAAGCCCUGGUUUUCCAUAUGGAUAUCCAAAUGGUGCAAAUUGUACAUGGGUAAUAAUAGCAGAAGAACGAAAUAGAAUACAAAUUGUUUUUCAGUCAUUUGCUCUAGAAGAAGAAUACGACUACUUAUCCUUAUAUGAUGGACAUCCUCAUCCUACAAACUUUAGGACAAGAUUAACAGGAUUCCAUCUGCCACCACCAGUGACAAGUACCAAAUCUGUGUUCUCACUACGUUUGACCAGUGAUUUUGCAGUUAGUGCUCAUGGAUUUAAAGUAUAUUAUGAAGAAUUGCAGAGUAGCUCUUGUGGAAACCCAGGAGUUCCACCCAAAGGUGUAUUAUAUGGUACGAGAUUCGAAGUUGGGGACAAGAUCCGCUACAGCUGUGUUACUGGAUAUAUCCUUGAUGGCCACCCUCAACUCACCUGCAUAGCCAAUUCAGUUAAUACAGCCUCAUGGGAUUUUCCUGUUCCCAUUUGUAGAGCUGAAGAUGCUUGUGGAGGAACAAUGAGAGGAUCCAGUGGCAUCAUAUCCAGCCCUAGUUUUCCUAAUGAGUACCAUAACAAUGCUGAUUGCACUUGGACCAUUGUAGCAGAGCCUGGGGACACAAUUUCUCUCAUAUUUACUGAUUUCCAAAUGGAAGAAAAAUAUGAUUACUUAGAAAUAGAAGGUUCUGAGCCACCUACAAUAUGGUAAGUAGAUAGUUUCUAUUAACCUAGCAUUGAUGUCACUGUCUGAAGCUAACUGGAAACAAAGAACAAUUGUACAUAAACAUUUAAAAGUUUGGAUAUUUAAAAGAUCAUAUAGUUAUAGGAAAGUUAUAUGGGGAGUUGUCAGAGCUGAGGAAUAUUUUUGAGUAUUGGCGA